UGCUUCAUAUUGUAUGCAAUUAGCAAAUCAAGAUGGAAAAGAAGUGUGGGAACAAAAAAAGUGUAGAUUUGAAGAGGAUGUGCCCUCAGCAAAAGGCUCGAUCCCUAGCUUAUGCUGAGCCCUCCAAAGAGGUACAAGCCUGGAUGGCAGCGUCCCACCAACGCGUCCUCUCUAGACUUGCUCACGAGAGAGAGAAAGCGUGGGAAAAAAAUCCUUUUCAAGACCUGGAUUCAAAAUUGCGCCACGACACACUUAUUGGCCAAUUAAAAGCUGCCGAAGCAAGGAAUAGGAUUCGACAGAUGAGGCUGCAGUGUCAUAACUUGAAGAUGCGGGAAAUUAGCCUGAUGAUUUCGAGCCAGGCCAGCGUGCAGAGUGCUGUGCGCCUAGAGCUGUUCCUGGCAAAGGAGAAGCAGAGGAAUAAUUCAGACAGCCUGGACCAGCUACAGAGACGGAGAGUAGAGGAAAUUCUGGAGGAUGAAAAGGGCCUAACCAUAAUCAGAAGAUAAGUGGAGAAAUAAAGGGGAAAGGGAAAAAUGAAAUUAUAUCCACAUUUCCAAACAAUGCUGUGAAAACUGUGAAAUAUAGAAAUAAUAGUAUCUAUGCAUUCCUUGGUUCCAUUUUUAAUAAUAGCUGGCAGAAGCAUACAUUAAAAAUUUAGCAUGGGUGAAUACUUUACUGCUGAUGGACUGCUUAAACAUUGUAAAUCACUGCAAUUGCUCCUGUUCACUGCACUCUGUUCACAACGUUACUGAAAAAUAUAUUUAUGUACUCAAAUGACAUGCAGCAUGAUAUCAGAGUAGGUAAUUAUGUU